CUGGGACGCGAACCGGACAACCGAGCAAGGCAACACUCAAUUCUGGAAAAGAAAGUCAUUGUUGGAGUUGUGUGUUUGUGUGUAUGUGUGUGUAUAUGUGUUUAUCUUUUCUUUUUUGUUCUGUGUUGACCCGCUGUGUUUGUGUUCGUGCUCCUGCUUGACCUCUGCGCGUAUUUGUCGACCGAAGAGAAGCCAUGAAGCCGACCGACAAGUUGUGGAGUCGCUGUCCGGUAUGAGACGUGGAAGGCUGCAGAGCCGUCCACACAGACGAGACUCGGGAGGACUGGAGUGCAAGAACCGGAUCAACAGGACGGUGGCGUGGGGCGGUCGCUUUCUGCACACACUUUAAACAAUGGAAAACUCCCUCUUUUCACACCGAGCCGUCACUAUGAGCAGAGAGUAGGCGCUUCACUGCAGCUGGGAUGGUCUCAACCUGAACACACUUUACUGUGUUUACUGUGGACUGAAUCCAAAUGAGAGGUCUGAUGGGAAAGAAAUAAAAUUUUGUGUCUGCUGCGAAUAGAGAUAGGAAUUUGUGUUUCUCCACUGAGUGACACCAUGUGGAGCCCGGGGACGUGGAUGUGGCGAGCGGCUCUGUGCUGCGUGCUUCUGGAAACAUUAACGCACACCGCCACAGGUCUCAACAUGUGCAUGAGUGGCAGCGCGACGUCCUGUGAAGAAUGUCUCCUCAUUCACGCCAGUUGUGCCUGGUGCGCACAGGAGGAUUUUGGGAGGGGGCGGACUCUGAAGUCACGGUGCGAUUUCAGUCACAACCUGCUGAGGAGGGGCUGCGAGGUUCGGUUCAUCGAGUACCCCACCAGCACCAUCUCCAUCCUGCAGAACAUGCCCCUGAGUUCUAAAGGGACCGGGGCGAGCCAGUACGAUGCCGUCCAGAUUAUGCCUCAGAAAAUCUCCCUCAGUUUGCGGCCGGGAGACCAGACGUGGUUCGGAGUGCAGGUGCGGCAGGUGGAGGACUACCCGGUGGAUCUCUACUACCUGAUGGACCUGUCUCUUUCCAUGAAAGACGACCUGGACACCAUCCGUAACCUGGGCACCAAGUUGGCCCAGGAGAUGGGAAAGCUCACCAGCAACUUCAGGCUGGGCUUCGGCUCCUUUGUGGACAAAAACAUUUCCCCCUUCUCCUACACAGCGCCCAAGUAUCAGGAGAAUCCAUGCAGUGGAUACAAACUGUUCCCCAACUGCGUCCCCACCUUCGGUUUCCGCCACAUCCUCUCGCUGACGGACAAAGUGGACCGCUUUAACGAGGAGGUGCAGAAGCAGAUGGUAUCUCGCAACCGGGACGCACCAGAGGGCGGGUUCGACGCCAUCCUGCAGGCAGCUGUUUGUAAGGAUGAAAUAGGCUGGAGGAAGGAGGCCUACCACCUGCUGGUGUUCGCCACCGACGACGUGCCUCACCUGGCUCUGGACGGCCGGCUGGGCGGCCUCGUCCAGCCCCACGACGGACAGUGUCACCUCAAUGACAACAACGAGUACAGCGCCUCCACGAAGAUGGACUAUCCUUCUCUGGCUCUCCUGGGGGAGAAACUGGCAGAAAAUAACAUCUUUCUCAUCUUCGCCGUCACAAAACGCCUUUACGUCAUUUAUAAGAACUUCACUGCGCUCAUACCUGGGACUACAGUUGAAAUCCUGGAUCAGGACUCCAAGAACGUGAUUCAGCUCAUCAUCAACGCCUACAAUAACAUCCGCUCUAAAGUGGAGCUGACAGUGUGGGACCACCCAGAGGACAUCAGCCUUUCCUUCACCGCCACCUGCCAGGACGGGAAACCGCUGCCAGGCCUCAGGAAGUGUGCCGACCUAAAGAUAGGAGACACGGUUUCGUUCAACGUGAGCGUGGAGGCGCGGAGCUGUCCCCCCCGCGGCGCCGACCAGAGCUUCACCAUCAAGCCGGUGGGGUUCAAAGACCGUCUGGAGGUGGCGGUGGAUUAUCAGUGUGACUGCGGCUGCAGCCGGACGGCGCAGACCAACAGCAGCAUCUGCAGCUCCAUAGGUACCUAUCACUGCGGCACGUGUCACUGCGAGCCGGGCUACCUGGGCGCCCGCUGCGAGUGCCAGGAGGGCGAGGCCAGCAGCAUGUACCUCAGCGCCUGCCGGGAAACCGAGGGCAAGCAGAUCUGCAGCGGGCGGGGAGAGUGCAGCUGCAACCAGUGUCUGUGCUACGAAUCGGAGUUCGGGAAGAUCUACGGCAGCUUCUGCGAGUGCGACGACUUCUCCUGCGCCCGACACAAAGGCAUCCUCUGCUCAGGUCACGGAGAGUGUCACUGCGGGGAGUGUAAGUGUCACGCCGGUUACAUCGGCGACAACUGCAACUGCUCCACAGAGACGUCGUCCUGCGUUUCCGAUGACGGCCAGAUGUGCAGCGGGCGCGGCAGCUGCGUGUGCGGCCGAUGUCAGUGCACCGAGCCGGGGGCCUUCGGAGAUACCUGUGAAAAAUGCCCCACCUGCCCCGAUGCCUGUGGCACUAAACGGGAGUGUAUCGAGUGCCGGCUCUUCAACUCGGGACAACUUGCAGACAACCAGACUUGCCAGCGCCUGUGCAAGGAUGAAAUCAUCACUGUGGAGACCCUCAAAACUGACGACCCCGGCGCCGUGCUCUGUCUGUACAAGACGGACAACGACUGCGUCAUGAAAUUCACGUACUCGGAGCACGCCAGCGGACAGUCCGUCCUCACUGCUCUUAAAGAGCCAGAGUGUGGCGGUGGGCCUGACGCCAUGACGGUGCUGCUGGCCGUGGUCGGCAGCAUCCUGCUGGUGGGAGUCGUGCUGCUCGCUGUGUGGAAGUUGGUCAUCACCAUUCAUGACCGGCGAGAGUUCGCACGCUUCCAGAGCGCACGCUCACGUGCCCGAUACGAGAUGGCCUCCAACCCUCUGUACAAGCAGCCGGUCUCUACGCACUUCGUAGAAACAGAUUUCAACAUGUACGGGAAGUCCUACAACGGGGGGGUCCACUGAUCCCUCAGCACAGGGCUCGGCAGGACCGGUCCGACUAACAGAUCCCUGGAGGACGGCGGACUGAACACACUCAUCCCUCUGCACGGUGCACAACUGAGAACACAAGUGAAAUGAACUAGACUGUGUCCGAGGAGGGGGGAGGGAGGGGAGGAGGGAGGGAGGGAAGGGGGGGGUUGUGGCCUUUUACAGUGAAGAUUCAAGCCUACCACAGAGACGUUCUUCUUCUUCUUCUUCAUCCGAGUGCUUCGCUCAUGGCAGCGGCAGUCGGUGGAGCAGCAGCGAAGCCUGGACUCCUUGUUUAGAGAGAGAGAGAGAGAGAAAGUAGAGCUAGCAGAAAACUCUCUGAUGAAGUUCGUAACUCCAAACACAUAAAAGCACCGCUCACUCUUUGUACAGAGCAAGACAUCGACUUAUAUUUGUAUAUUUUUAUAAACACACACAAAAAAAGCCCUUUUUAGUCUAAACUAUGCACCAACAGGACUGAAGCAGCUGAAUCUCACUCCUCAGAUUAAACAGCACGUUUUCUGAAGGUGGCUUUGAUGACGUUGUGGUACUACUAACAUUUACUAAAGCAAUAGACGUCUUACCUUCAUUUUGCACAGAGAAUAUUAAGAGUCAAGUCUUGUAAAGAUUUAAAUUUUCUUUCUUUUAUGUCGUGUUUGUGUGUGCGUGUGUUACUGUAUGCUCCGAUUGCACUCCCUUCUCUUCAUCUGGAUCGCAGGGCACAAACAACCCCCCCCCCCCCCCCCCCCCCCCCCCCCGAGCCUCUGAACCCUUUAAGGUUGGAAAUCACAUGUGAAAACCAAAACCAGUAAAGUGCUACUCUUUGAUUUAUUUUUAAAGACCUUCCCAAAAUUUCACAAAUCAUGUUUUCAGGGGAGCCCACAUCUUGUUGAGGGGAGUUCGCACCGUGCUUAUUAUCAGGCUUCGGAUACACACACAGUACGUGUUAGUAGAUCAGUUCACUGCUGGUUUUGGUCUUUUUGUUGAAUUUAUAACACGACGAGUAAGAGAAACAUAAGAUAUAAUCAGCCCCUCAGCCAGAGACAACCCCACGUGUUAAAUGCUGUUUAUCCAGCUCUGCGGUCACUGCCUUAAAGCACUCUCACAUGUUAAAUGAAAGAUCACCUCGAGCUGCCCAGCGGCUCGCACUGGGGUUGUGCUGGGAGUAAAACCAGAGGUUGAAACAACCCUGAGUAGAUAGAGGUUAUAAAAACAGUGGGUUUUAAGGCACAGAGUGUGACUCGCUGCUGUGACACUGUGCCCUCCCUGCACAGCUGUGGGAGUGGGUGGAAGCCUCCAGAGGACGGAGUCCGGCGUCACAAAUCUGCCGUCACUGUUCCACAGGAAGAGGCGGGCCGGGCCGAGCCGAGCCGAGCCGAGCCGAGCUGUCACAGGGAAAUCUGACAGCAGGACGUGUUGGGAGGGGUGAGAGUGUGUGGGAGGGAGGAGGUGCUCUGUGGCCUUUUUUUAUUUUAUUUUUUUCUUUAGAUUUUAUGAUGGUCUCACGGUUAAAGUGUUAGGGACUUGGAGUUAGUGUGUUUGAGAGACGAGUGUGUGUAAAUAAUAAUACUUGGGUAUGUGUGUACAUACAGUGCCAAAUGACAUGAACCUGUUCUCACCGAUCACCUUCUGCAGCUCAGACAUAAAUCAUCAGUGCAGCGUUCUCUCCUGCGCAGACCUGAACACUUUCACAUGGAUGGACAGUCGAGCGGAGGACUCGCACCACCACAUGUUGAUGUAAUAUCACACACACACACACACACACACACACACACACACACUCAGCAACAACAAUAAAUCUGCUUAUGUCAAACGUCA